AUGCCGGGAACAUCGUCGCCUGUUUCGCCAGGAUCUUCCGAGCCAGCAAUGUCUUUUCAGUUUGUCAACCUCACGGAUCCCAGCGAUACCAAGGACCAGAAAGUGCGAAGAGCCAUUCGAAGUCAUGUUACAAAGCAACAGCACCAAAAGGCGGAGCAGCUCGCAGCGGCCCGAAGAUCGAACAGUGACCCGCAACUCUUGGGCACUUCAUCGACACAGAUUCAACAAGGUCGUGCGCAUGCCGCGUCGUUUCCGCUAUCAAGACCUGCUACAUCCGAUCAACAGAACUCUGUGUCGCCGGCUAGCAGUUCUGAUGUUGGAAUCUCCGCGUCCUCAUCAACGGCCCAACAUCCGAUGAUCGACGUGUCUCAGAUCUAUCCGGCCCAUUGGCUCCCGUAUCUCAACCAGAUACUAGAGAACUACCUAGUGUUCACUGCCAAAGAAGUACUGCAAUCAGACGAUGCAUCCACGAUGACCCUCUUGAGAUCUGUGUGGAUGCCCUUUGUCAUGACCGAUCUAGCAUUGCUUCAUGCUGUUCUGCUCUUCGCUGCGUCGCUCUUUCGAUCCUCUAUGGCUGCACACGCGCAGGUUGUUGAUCUUUUCCAGCUGAAGGACAUGGCUAUUCAGGCUAUGAACGAAUGCCUUUCGACCAAGGAUUCCAUGAUAGCAACCAUGGCUACCAUGGCACAAUACGAGGCCUUUUGGAGAGAUGCUGAUGCAUUCACGACACACAUGAGUGGCUUACGGCAGUUUGUUGAGAUGCGUGGCGGACUUUCGGCAUUGGGAUUGAACGGUCUACUUGAGAGAAUGUUGCUCGCCAUUGACUUCAACUUGGCUCAAACGACUGGACAAGAGCGAUCAUUCAAACCAACAGGGCUUGUUUCCAGCCGGCAAUCUCCUCUUCGACAGGGAUCGCACGGGUGA